GGGCUGCACACUGAAGAAACUUGUUUUAAGAAACUAAUUUCAUGAAAUGUGAAACUUUAAUUUCAUGAAACCAUUCAAUUGAAAAUCAAAUAGAUACGCACACUGAGUUUCACGAAACAAAAAUUUCCCAUAGUUGCGCAACCACGGUUUCAUGAAACUUGUAAUUUUGGUUUUAUCAAUAAAGUUUCGUAUAAAUUAUACGAAAUAAUAUAAUUAGGUACCAUUUAUCAUAUUUUAGUAUAAUAUAUAUAAUAUAUAUAUAUACUAUACACUGUACCUUGUAUAUACAGCGUAGCAACAAUAGUAAGUAGUAUUUAUCGUACUUAUUGAAUAUUAUUUAUAUACGACAUAAAAAUCCCUAGGCUCUCUUCAUAGUAAAUAAAUCCCCAUAAUAGAAACGUUAUCGAUGUUUUGACCAAUAGUAUCUUUGUUUUUUUUUUAUUUUAUACAAAAUAUCGCUUGUGGACUCAUAUAAUCUACAAAUCUACAUAUCUAAUCUACAAUAUUAUUAUUUAAUAGCAUAACGUACGUCAUUCGGAGUAGUUGAGUUCACUUUAGUGCUAGUGAAUAAUUAAAUAUAUAAGUUCGAUAUUAAUUGAUUUUAUAUAUUUUUAUUGUUAUCUAAAUAUUUAAAUACGAUGUCGAAAGGAGAACGAGAUUUUAAUUCAAAAUUAAUAGAAGCAAUCGAAGGAUACGUCUGCUUGUACGAUUACAAAAACAAGGAUUAUAGAAAUAGAGAUAAUGUCGACCUGGCCAGGGAAAAUGUUUCAAAGGAGGUAGGACGAACAGCAAAAGAGUGCAAGGAAUCGUGGAGAAACUUAAGAAUAGUUUAUACACGUGCUAUAAAGAAGCCACCAUCUGGAUCUGGAGUGAAUAAUAAAAAUAAGACGUGGUAUCUUUCAGAAAAUAUGAGUUUUCUAAAACCAUAUAUCAAUAUUACUUUGGACAAAUCAUUACCCGGAAAUUUACCACCACCACCUAACAACGAGGAAUUUCAAGAAUUUGAAGAAGAAAACCCAACCGAAAUAAACAGAUCGCAAUAUAUAUGCAAUGACAUUGAAAAUCCCACAUACGAUGUUUCGUCUUGUAGUAUUAGUGCAGAUACUACCAAAACUACCAGCCAAUAUGCAAUGGGGCCUCCAAAGAAAAAGAAAAAAACACAAGUUGAUACUGCAGACGAUUGCAUAAUCAACUACAUUCAGUCAAAGUCAAAUAAACCACCAAAUGAAGAUAAUGCGAAAAAACUUUUUUUAUUAAGUCUACUUCCAGAUUUAGAAGAAAUGAGUACAGUGCAAUUCAGAGCUUUCAGACGCGAUGUGGGCAAUCUUAUUGACAGAACACUUGGACAACCACCAAUACCAUACUUGACAUCUAACAACUAUCAAACAACUUUACAACAUCAUUCUGAUUCCUCAUCAUAUGAUGGUCACUCUCACACAUCAGAACAGAAUUCUUCUGAGAUUGACCACCCUAACAUGCUAUACCAAGAACUUCAACCAUAUUUGCUCAGAAGACCAGAAAAUUGAAUAACAAAAACUAGUAUUUUGUAAUUAGUAUACUGUAUUUUUUUUUUAUUUCAUUAAUUUUUAUAACCCAGAAAAUGUUUAAAUUUGUAAUUUUU